AUGAUUUUGUUCGUUGUAUUCAUAGAAAUAGAAGAUGCUUCUCAUCACUGUAUCGAUGGAGAUCCAUGUUUUGUUGCAAAAGAAAUGUACCAACCCUAUGCCCGUGCAGAAGUAUGUGUAUUCAACUCUCAGCAUGCACCCUGUGAUAGAUAUCUGACGCCUGGAUGGUACAAAUCUGAUGAACCAUUAUUGGAUCGAUGCCCCGAUUUACUAAGAUGUGGUGCAGUGUACCCAGUAUGGUUAAAUGCUUCACUUCCCAAUGCCACUGAUGGAACAGUUUCACGAAAAACAUGCCGAGUAGGAUUUAACAACUGUUGUUCUAAGGAGUACGAAAUAAAAAUCAAACUUUGUGGAUCGUUUUACGCUUUUUGUUUCCCAUCUCUUGAUUCCUGUUCGGAACGCUUUUGCUUUGGAAGAAAUGGUUCCUGUGAAUAUCCGGAUGUGAAACUACAUCAUCGGUUACAGAUAGCAAGGAAACUAAAGAGGAUAUAA